AGCGGCCGAAUCGGCGCGGCGGUAUUUUGCUGCGUCACCAACGUUGGGCGCCGCCGCCGCGCGGUGCAUUGUGGGAACCGAGGCCGCGCCGAGCCCGGAGCCUUCGGAGCGCCCGGAGCUCAACGGGCCGCACCGACACACACCGACACACCGACACACACCGACACACACCGAGAGACACAGCGCCGCCACCCGCCGGGUUAGGCCGUGUCCCCCCAACGACUGGAGCCGCCGCCGCCGCCACUCGCCAUGCAGCCUGCUUCUGCGAAGUGGUACGACCGAAGGGAUUACGUCUUCAUCGAGUUCUGUGUGGAAGACAGUAAAGAUGUUAAUGUAAAUUUUGAGAAAUCCAAACUUACGUUCAGUUGUCUUGGAGGAAGUGAUAACUUUAAACAUUUAAACGAAAUCGACCUUUUUAAUAAUAUUGAUCCAAAUGAAUCAAAGCAUAAAAGAACAGACAGAUCUAUCUUGUGUUGUUUACGAAAAGGAGAAUCUGGUCAGGCAUGGCCAAGGUUAACAAAAGAGAGGGCAAAGCUCAACUGGCUCAGCGUGGAUUUCAACAACUGGAAAGACUGGGAAGAUGAUUCAGAUGAAGACAUGUCCAAUUUCGAUCGUUUUUCUGAGAUGAUGAACAACAUGGGUGGAGAUGACGAUGUAGACUUACCAGAAGUAGAUGGGGCAGAUGAUGACUCACCAGACAGUGAUGAUGAGAAAAUGCCAGAUCUGGAGUAAGGAAAACUGUUGUCUUCAGGGUUUGGGGAAAGAACUUCAUCACAUUUCAUAAUUGAGAUAAGAAUCCUUGAGUUGCUAGCCCUAAAAAGGGGAGAUAUUGCAUCCUUUAACCCAUUUAUUUUGAUUCCCAGUCCAUUUGAAAUGGCUUUCACUGAUGGUAGGUGUGUACCAUUGUGCGGGGGGCAGUCUCUAAAGCCACGAGAGGCGAGAAAAUCAAACUUAUGCAUGAAUUCCAGACUUCCAAACCAAAACCCAAUUGAGGUCAAUGGGCCGAUCCAUCCGUAACACUGGCAAUAGAGUUUACAGAGCCCUCGUAGCAGACAUCAGAGCGGAGCAGGCUUCAAGUCCUGCGCUCCAUUGGCCUCUUUAUCCCCCUUUUGUGGCUCACGGUUCAAUCUUUAACAAAACAAACCCCCUUUCUUUUCUCGCAUUGGCUGUCUAUAAAUUGAACAAGCUGCUCAAUAUACCUCUGUGGUGUCUUCAGGUGUGUUCCACUCAUGGUUUUUAUUAAAAAAAAAGGAAACAAACAAGCCCUCUGUUUGCUAUUUCAUGCCCACUUUGGCUCUUUAAUGGCUGCGUGCCCCAUAGUGAGGCCUCGAGGCCCAAAUCCACCCCACGGAUCCGCUAUGGGGCCGCGUUUGUGGAUCUAUGAGACCAAAUGUUCUUUGCACUGUUGGGAUGGGAACGAAUGAGAACACCCAGAUGGGACCCGACGGGGCCUUUAUUCUGUUGGAAAAAACCUCCAUUUUUCUGUUCAGAACGGUGGGAAUUUUUUUAAUGUCUGCAUUCUUUCUAAUAAACUGUUGAAGACUCCA